CUUCUGUAAUUCGCUCUUACAUUGGCCCAGCAGCGACUGAACAGCGUCCUUGCACUGCUAUCAGCUCAACUUCUUCAGCAUCAUUUCAUCUCUCCACUACUGCUGCUGCUACCGCCGCAACCGGAGCGUAUAAAGACAUUACUGUAACAGUCCACAGUGGAUACACGUUUAUUUAUCGCAUUUUCGGCAACUGGAUACAGGCGUGUCUGUGAUUUUUUUAUUAUAAAGCACAGGGAUCAUUCCUAAUACAAGAACGGGCUUCGGUUAUAUUCAAAGAUACAUCACCGAGAGGACUAAAAUCGAUGUGGUGUUUUGCGGAUUCUGCCAACAAAGCAGUAUUUCUGAUUGGCCGGAGUCCAGAGUAACUGAAUUUAAAGCAAAGUUUGAUCACUUAUACAUAAAGCCACAGUCAUGGAUGAGAUGGACUUGCCUCAGAUGCAGAAGGAGGUAGAAAGUCUAAAGUAUCAGCUGGCCUUCAAAAGAGAGAAGUCCUCAAAGACAGUCACAGAUCUGGUGAAGUGGGUCGAGGAAUGUGUGCCCGAGGAUCCAUUCCUGAACCCUGAACUGAUGAAGAACAAUCCGUGGGUGGAGAAGGGAAAGUGUGUGCUUCUAUAAAAGAGUAGCAUCAGCAGCAAUCGGCCAAGCCCCCGUCUGAACCUUCACCAGCCUGACUGGAUCACAUGGCGCUUGCUCUCUCUCCGUUUCAAACCCUCACCAUGAAUGUACAGCAAAAACCACACACACAUACAUACAUACAUACAUCACGGGCUCUAUAUAGUCACUUGCAAGGUCUGACACUUUGCCAUGCAUUACUAUUCGAAUUGUACCAUCCAUAUAUCUUUAUAAGCAGUUAAUGGAAUUCCUCUUGCCUGUUCGACUUCAAUGCUGUCUUGCCGCUUGCAUCUUCAGUUCAAGCAUAUGUUGUCGACAUCAAAAUGCCAGAAAAGGCCUGUUAGAUGACAGACUGCAUGACAGGAGAGAAAAGAACACAGCAUGCACCAAAAAAAGCCUCUACAGCUGAUGGUUUUUGGAGCCGGGAAUGGCAGCAAAUUCGUUAGUUUUCCUCUGUUAUGCAGCCGGUUCAUUUGUCUUGCAGGCCUUGCACUAUUUAUACCGCAUUCAAAACUUACCUACAGACUAUUUUUAACAUGUACAUUUCUUUUAAUUUAUUUACUUAUUUAUAAUCAUUAAUUUAUUGAUUUAUAGUUUGAUUUGCUGUCGGUGCUACACUCUAAAACUGCUGGGGUGUUUUUUUAACCAAGCGUUGGGUCAAAAAUGGUCGAGCAUAGUCGUUGGGUUAAAUGUUUAUAUUUGACCCAACAAUGGGUUAAAAGAGCCCAGCAUUUUGGAUUUAAACAACCCAGCAUAUAUGGUUAAAAUAAAACCCAACUCGUCUCUUUUUGACCAAACGAUGGGUUGUGAAAAUAACCCAGCAUUUUUAAAGUGUACUAUAAACCUGCUGUUGUUAACUACACUAUUUCUUGAAACCAAGCAGAAAUAUAAAUUUUGCCAGUUCACCAUUAAAUACUGCCUUGUAGACAAUUUCCUUAAAAAAGAAUGUAUGUGUUGUGAGGGAUUUGUAAACCAUCAGCACCCUUAACCAUUGAAUGGAUAUGCAAACUGAGAGAUUGUGCACUGGCCAAGGCUUUUUUUUCUUAGAUUAAUAGCUAAUAAUCUGCACUUAUGUGGAAAGGCAAGGAUGCGGGGUUAAUUUAUGACUUUUGAUUUGCUCAAGUUUUUAUAUAUAUAAAUAUAUAUAUAUUCAAACGAUAGAAAUCUGUCUAAAUAUCUAUUACAUGAUGUGUAUGCUUUGAGAAAAUAUGCAUAAGAUCAACUACUAGUUUAAUAACAAAGCAAUAAGUGAUUACAUUUUUUAUUGAAUGUUUUACAAAAAACAUCCUAUCGAAUAAAGUAGAGGAUUUUUAGACAGCUUUAAUGUCAUUUGUGUGUUUUAUUUGGUUGUGUGGCAUGACUCUGGGAAGUAGUAGUCUGACUUCUCUAUCUGAGAGAGACAACCAGUGCUUUAUUUAACAGAUAUGUCACCCAUCAUUUCCAU